UCUCCUUUCCCGAGUCGUCUGACGACCACAACGUGUGUCGACAAAAUGGCUCUUUACAACUUUAAGAAGAUUAUGGUGGUUCCCACCGCGAAGGAUUUCAUCGACAUCACUUUAUCCAAAACACAAAGGAAGACUCCCACCGUGGUUCACAAGCAUUACCAGAUCCACAGAAUCCGCCAUUUUUACAUGCGCAAGGUGAAGUUCACCCAGCAGAACUACCACGACCGCCUCACUCAGAUCCUCACCGACUUCCCCAAGCUGGACGACAUCCAUCCGUUCUACGCUGACCUGAUGAACGUUCUGUACGACAAAGAUCAUUAUAAGCUGGCUUUGGGGCAGAUCAACAUCGCCAAGAACUUGAUCGAUAAUGUGGCCAAAGACUACGUGAGACUGAUGAAGUAUGGAGAUUCUCUGUAUCGGUGUAAACAGCUGAAGAGAGCCGCUCUGGGUCGGAUGUGCACCAUCCUGAAACGACAGAAGUCCAGUCUGGAGUAUCUGGAACAAGUUCGUCAGCAUCUCUCCCGUUUGCCGUCCAUCGACCCCAACACCAGGACCCUGCUUCUGUGUGGGUACCCCAACGUCGGCAAGUCCAGUUUCAUCAACAAGGUGACCAGAGCAGAUGUGGAUGUCCAGCCCUACGCUUUCACCACCAAGUCUCUGUUUGUGGGUCACAUGGACUACAGAUACCUGCGCUGGCAGGUGGUUGACACUCCGGGGAUCCUGGACCACCCUCUGGAGGAGAGGAACACCAUCGAGAUGCAGGCCAUCACGGCUCUGGCUCACCUGCGCGCGGCCAUCCUCUACGUCAUGGAUGUGUCCGAGCAGUGCGGUCACACCAUGCAGGAGCAGCUGGAGCUCUUCAACAGCAUCCGGCCGCUGUUCGCCAACAAGCCUCUCAUCAUCGUUGCCAACAAAUGCGACGUGAAGAAGAUCACCGAGCUGUCCGAGGAGAACCAGAAAAUCUUUGCAGACCUCACCACUGAGGGAAUCUCUGUGAUCGAGACCAGCACCCUGACCGAGGAGGGCGUCAUGCAAGUCAAAACUGAGGCCUGCGACCGCCUCCUCGCCGAUCGCGUGGAGAACAAGAUGAAGGGCAAGAAGGUCCAUGAUGUCCUCAACCGGCUCCACCUGGCCAUGCCCGCCAAGAGAGAUGAGAAGGACAGACCGCCGUUCAUCCCAGAGGGAGCCAUGAUGCGCAAGAAGGCGAUGGAGGUGGACGCACCCAAACGAAAGCUGGAGAGAGAUCUGGAGAUGGAGCUUGGUGACGACUACAUUCUGGACCUGCAGAAAUACUGGGAUCUGAUGAACGCCGAGGAGAAGCACGAUAAGGUCCCAGAGGUGUGGGAGGGCCACAACAUCGCAGAUUACAUCGAUCCAGACAUCAUGAUGAAACUGGAGGAUCUGGAGAAGGAAGAGGAGCUGAAGGAGCGAGCCGGGGAGUACGACUCGGACGAUGAGAGCGAGGACGAAGAGAUGCAGGAGAUCCGCGUUCUGGCCAAACAGAUCCGGGAGAAGAAGCAGCUCCUGGUCGUCCAAUCCAAGGACAAGGACAUACACGGGCCUCGCAUGCCCAGAACCGCCACCAAGGUUGAAAGGAAGAAGCUGGAGAAGGAGAUGGGUUCUCUCGGUCUGGACAUGACUGACAAGGAUGAGAGCCACUACGCUCAACAAGCCCGGCGGUCCCGCAGCAUCACUCAGAAGCGUAAACGUGAAGUUUCAGUCACCCCCACCUCCAAAACCCGCAGCCAGAGCGCCUCCCGUCCACCUCGGGACCAGUCCGGAGUACGGGACCCAAAAAUGGCGAGAAAGGCAAAGAAGAUGAUGAAGAACUCCCAGAAAGACAUGAACCGUCUCGGCAAGAAGGGAGAGGCUGACCGACACGUGUUUGACCUCAAACCCAAACACCUGCUGGCCGGGAAGAGGAAGUCGGGCACCAAUGAUCGCAGAUAGAAACUGCUUUCUCUGGACUGAUGGACACACUGAUGGAAAGAGAGGAGAUUGUAUACUGGGCUAUGUUAUCUGCAUUUCCCUUACAGUAGAAACAUGAAUGGUCUUUUUACACCAAGGAACUCUGGUCAUCGUCAUCUCGGACAAAGGUUUUUUGGAGGUUAGGUCAGAAAAAAAGACUUAAAAAAAAAACCUCUGACUUUGUUCUCUGAAUUCAGAGAUAAAGUCUGAGUUUAAAAUCUAAAAGUCUUUUUUCUUUUUUAACUGGGCUAACUUAAAAAAAUGCUUUCAUGAGCCCUCGUCCUCUAAUGUACCUCUGUGGACGUAAAACAGCUGUGUGAUGGUUUGUGUCUUCUGUUUCUGCCUUUACCAGGAUCAAACUUGGACCAUGAUUAACAAACAGCCUGUCAAUGUGUUAUUUAAGCAUUUAUAUAAACUGCUACACACCUUUUUAAAUCUUGGUAUAAACAGUCUCUAUGUGGCUCCAGAAAUGUUGGGUUAACUUUGGAUAAAGUGAUGAUUAUGAUGAAUCCUUUACAAGACUCCCUUUGGGAAACAUCAUAAACCAGGGAGAGGAAUAAAUAAACACCUACUCAAUCAA